AUGCUGGUGGAUACGGGGUCCACUAUCAGCGUUAUUCUAAAGAGGGUAUUCGAGAAACAUCGAGAGCUGUGGCCAACAGUGGAGAAGACUUCACUGCGCCUGACAUGCUUCCUGGGGCCGCUGGCGGUCCUUGGCCGAGUGGCCAUGAAAAUCAAGUGCGGUGACACGGAUGUCCACCUCGCUUUCGACAUCACAUCUGCUCCGGCUUUGUUCCAGCGCCGCUUAGAGGCCAUUCUGCAAGGCCUCCCUCACGUCAAGGUGUACAUGGAUGACAUCACAGCCGAAAAGCAGAACGACGACUCCACUGCGGCGAGUGUCAUAACAGCAAGGGUAGUUUACCCUAGGCUACUUGAAGAACGGUCAUCCGACGGAAGAAUGAUGGUGAAGGUUCACGACGGCUUGACCCUUAACCUCAGAAAAGGGUCAGUGGCAGCCCAGGAACUGCGCGUCCUAAUGGAAGAAAAUGGACGCCCAGUAACGAGAUUCUACAACGGAGAGGAUAUAGAGAAGGAUUUAUACGAAGAUGAAAAGGAAAUUGCCUCGGUAAUGGUUACCAAGACUGGGAAUGGUGUCCGAAUGGAAGGGCUGCUUAGUCCCAGUCACCGUAUAAAACCGGCGCCAAUCUCUGAGAAGUCCGAAGACGGCGCUGUUGCCCACGAGAUUCACGAGAUUGAAUACAAAGAAAUGCUGGACAAAGCCCUUUACUACAAUAACGCUUCAGAUGGCGUUGCCAGUGGAUUAGCGCUGGAGUCUAGAGCUAGCGUUCCUGCGAAAGUGACCGUUGAAGUGUUCAUUGUUAUGGACUCAUGGCAUCACCGCCACUUCCAGAGCACGAGCCACGCUCUGGGGUAUCUAUGCAUCAUGAUGAACUCUGCGAACAUGAGAUACCAAGAUGCGUCAAAUCCUCAGGUACGACUCCUCCUAACCGGCACCGAAAAAGCUGUGGGCGACAGCUUCGUUGUGUCACCAAAAAAUGACAAUGGCUAUCUGUUUGAUGAUAGCACACUAGCCAACUUCAAAACGUAUGCUGUCUCGAAGAGGACGCAGUACGGUGACCCAGAUGUUGUGUUUCUAAUAACAGGGCGUGACGUGGUCGCAGUUUACGAAGGCAAACUUACUACCGCAGGCUUAGGUAUCGGUUACGUCAGCGGUGUCUGCACUAACUUCUUCGUUGCGUUAGGGGAGGAUAAACCGGGACUAUUCACCGGGACGCACACCUUUACGCACGAAAGUGCUCACCUGCUGGGCGCAAAGCACGACGGAGACGAUCCCUACAAUGCUGUACCCGGCCAUCCUGGGGCGAAGAGAUGCCCGUGGGAUGACGGUCACAUCAUGAGCUACAUAAACAAAGGUCCUUCUCACCACCGAUUUUCAUGGUGCACCUUGGAGCAGAUAAGUUUUGUUCUUAGUCGAGCAGGUGCAAAAUGCUGGAUAGUACAAUCGCAAGGGACUUAUGUGAAUGGCGUAUACCCGGGAAUGACUGUGACGCUUAAACAGUUCUGUACAGCCAUACCUUAUGAAAAGGGCUACACCUACGAGCAUUCCACUGUCAACCAAACGAAUUGCAAAGUGCGCUGCCGUUUCUCCAGAACGUACUCGAUUGGCACGGAACGUUACAAGUCGACACUUUCCUACUAUGAAGAUGCACUGGACUACAUGUCUUGCGGAGACCACCACCUACCUCGGAACAUAUGCUCUGGUGGUGCCCCGCGUUACUCUGUGGGGAAGUCAUCGCGCCGUCCAAAUGGAAGGAUGCUAUUGCAAGCCCCGGACUCGACCAACAGCUAUGGGCAGUCCACCGGGCCUGCGACGCAGCAGAGAGACUUGGCCCGCUACGUGCUAAAGCCCCUUCUGAAAGAACAAAUCAAGUUCAUUCAUCUAUCCAUUCAUCCAAGGCGCGCAAGAUAUCUGCUUCCGGUUGCCAGUGAGCUGUUGUGGGUUUACUGCAGCACCGACGGUUCCCAAGAGCCCAGGCUUGUAUUCCCGUCGCUUCUUCAGGAAAGGUCAUCCGAAGGAAGGAUGGUGGUGCGAGUUCACGAUGACCUGACGCUGAACCUGAGAAAAACAUCUGUGGCAGCUCCUCGGCUUCGCAUACUGAAGCACGAACGUGGUCAACCCGUGACGGUGUUUCACGACGGCGAAAGCAUCAAUAAGGAUCUAUAUGAAGAUGAAAUCGCCCUGGCAACCCUUACAGUGACGAGCAACGACAGCGGUGUGGAGAUGGCAAAUCUGCGGUUAGCUUCGACGUACAGCCCAAAAAUCCAACUUGUUGUGUCUGGAGUGGAAUUUAGCCAGAGCGAGUCCUAUGUCGUUCGACGGGAAGGUCACAUUCAUUCCAGCCCUACCCUAACUAACUUUAGUAAAUACGCCUAUGACAGGAAAGGCAUUUACGGUGACCCAGAUCUCGUCUACCUCAUGAUAAAGUAUACAUCAUCCUCUCUUAUUGUUGUUUGA